AUGGCAAACAAACAAGUGGAAAUUGACGUAUAUGAGGAGGCCAAGACAGCCUUGAGGAUUUCAACAAUUCUUACAUACCUUAAUAGAAAAGGGAUAUCGGAAUGUUUGGAAAUGCCUUUGGAGGUGUUAGAGACACAUCUUUUAGAGAUUACAAAUUACCAGGAUACCCCGUGGUAUUAUCGGUUUAUUCCAUGCUGCGUCAAUAUUCAGAGACAAAAGGUCAUUAAACCAAAGACAAAGAAAAGAAGCACUGGAGGACUGUCUGGAAGAAUUUGUAAAUUCUUCAGCCGACGCUCUUCAGAAAUUAAAUGA